GUGUGUGCGUGUGUGUGUGUGUGUGUGCGUGUGUGUGUGUGCGUGUGUCCUUGAUAGGGUGAAGCAAAGACAGCAACUGAGACUAGCAGACAUGAAUAAUUUCCGGAGAGUUCCGGUUCUGCUCGGUCGGACCUUCAGCACCUCCAGCAGACAUCUGAGGAACAAAGUUCCGGAAGCCCAGAAACUUUUCCAGGAGGACAACGGCCUGCCAGUGCACAUCAAAGGAGGGGUCGUCGACGUCCUCCUGUACCGAGCCACCAUGACGCUGACUAUUGCAGGAAGUUGUUACUCCCUCUACUGGCUGCUGGUGGCCGCCAUGCCUCGCAAGAAGGCCUAGGCUGGGCUGCGUCUACUUCCUGCACAAGACUCCUGGUCAUUGUCGUCGUGCUUUUAUUAGGUUGGUUCACUUCCAGACGUGUAUAAAGUAGCAUUAAGGCUGCAGUCUUGUGUUUUU